UGGCCGAGUCAACAAAAGGCAUCGAAUGCAAAAAAGAGAAAAGACAAAUCAAGAAAGCCCAGUAAUCAGAACCGUCUUCUAAGUCUAAGGUGCUUUCGAUUUCAACGUUUUCCGCUUCGUCUUUCGCUGUAAGCAUCAUCGCCGAUACUUCUCUCCGCCACCCUCGAAACCCACAAUCUAUUACAUACGCUUUACGUGUAUUUACAAUAAUAUAUUUCUGUAGAAUUUGUGUGUAUAGCUGUCUGUUUGUGUAAGAAUCUCUGGGUGUUUAUUGAUUUCUGGAUUGAUAUCUUGGGGUAUUGUUAAUUUGUGAGGAAAAAUAAGGGCGGGGUGGAAAAGUGGAAAGGUUUUCUUUUGUGAAUUCUGUUUUAAAGCGGUUUGCUCAUUUUCAUUGUAUUGGAGAGCUUCGAGUGAAAAAAAGUUUGGAAUUUUGAGCUUGGGUUUUGAUGGGAAACUUGGAAUUUUGAGUUUGGGGUUUGAUGGGAAAACUAGGAAUUUUGAGAAGGGCUUGGUUGUAAACUAGGGAUUUGGUUUGAUUAAGACGUUAGUUUUCUUUGUUGAUGCUUUUGGUCAAAGUUGUUAUUUAGAUGAAAAAGGGAAUGCUUUUCCUUCUUCCUUUGAUCAUGGAGCAAGCUUCAUAUCUUUUGGAUGAAAGUAGGGUCUGGUGUUCUACCUUUUGAUGAGGAAUUAGAAUGUGUUGUCAUACUGUGGUUGUUUAUUUAUAGCUAGCUCUGUUUUCCUGUGUCAUACCUGUGGAUAAAAGAACGAUCGGGGGACGGGGAUCAUUAAUGCCCUUGGUCAGUUUUGAUUGCACUUUGAGUUUAGUUUUAUAGUAUGCUUUUGUGGUGGGGGGUGGACUUUAGGGUGUGAAAUAUGAUCAAGCAGAUAUUUGGUAAGAUCCCUAAGAAGCAGCAAAAGUCGGGUGGAAACAAUACCUCCGAUUCAAAUGCUUCAACAAGUUCGAAGAGAAGUGAUGGAGGCAAUAAGAAGCAGGGGGGUUCGUCCAAUACUGUUAUUUCAUCUCCUUUUUCUGUUUCCAGUACGGGACACAGUACUGGAGAUGUGAAUUCAAAAAUAAAUAGGAAUGCUGUUGUGGCUGUAUAUGAAUUAUUGCCAAGUUUCAGAGAUGUUCCUAGUUCUGAGAAGCAGAGCUUGUUAAUCAGAAAGCUGAACAUGUGUUGUGUUGUCUUUCCAUUCAAUGAGCCUACAAAGAAUCUCAAAGAGAAAGAGGUCAAGAGACAGACAUUAUUGGAGCUUAUGGAGUAUGUUACUUCUGCCAAUAUGAAGUUUACAGAAACGGUCAUGCUAGAAGCAGUAAAGAUGGUUUCUGCAAAUUUAUUCAGGGAACUCAAACCUCAACCACGAGAGAACAAGGUGGAAGCUUUUGAUGUUGAAGAUGAUGAGCCUGCCAUGGAUCCUGCAUGGCCACAUUUGCAAAUUGUGUAUGAAUUUCUGUUGCGAUUUGUUGCAUCGCCUGAAACUGAUGCAAAGGUUGCCAAACGUUACAUAGAUCACUCAUUUGUCCUCAGAUUUCUUGAUCUUUUUGACUCUGAAGAUCCAAGAGAAAGAGAGUAUCUGAAAAUUAUAGUACACCGCAUCUAUGGGAAGUUUAUGGUACACAGGCCUUACAUACGCAAAGCUAUAAACAACAUAUUUUAUCGCUUUAUUUUUGAGACUGAAAAGCAUAAUGGUAUUGCUGAACUAUUGGAAAUUUUGGGUAGCAUCAUCAAUGGAUUUGCUUUGCCACUGAAAGAGGAGCACAAACUUUUCCUCGUGAGGACAUUGAUCCCCCUGCACAAGCCAAAAUGCUUACCUAUGUACCAUCAGCAGUUAUCUUAUUGUAUUACACAGUUUGUGGAAAAAGAUUGCAAGCUUGCUGAUACCGUUAUUAGGGGAUUACUAAAGUAUUGGCCAGUGACCAACAGCUCAAAGGAAGUUAUGUUCCUCGGUGAACUGGAGGAAAUCUUAGAAGCAACCCAGCCACCGGAAUUCCAACGUUGUGUAGUGCCUCUAUUUCACCAAAUUGCUCGUUGUUUGAGUAGCUUUCACUUCCAGGUGGCGGAGAGGGCUUUGUUCUUAUGGAACAAUGAUCACAUUGACAAUCUAAUAAAACAAAACCGAAAGGUGGUCCUGCCUAUUAUCUUCCCCGCACUGGAGAAAAAUGCCAGAAGCCAUUGGAACCAGGCUGUCCAUUGUUUAUCGCUCAACAUCCGCAAGGUCUUCUAUGAUCUCGACCCCGAUCUCGUCAAAGAGUGCUUGCACAAUUUCCAGGAAGAUGAAUCAAAGGAAGAAGAGGUUAGGUCAAGACGCGAAGCCCAAUGGAAACGCCUGGAAGAACUUGCGGCGAAAAACGCUGCGAGUAAUGAAGCUGUGCUCGUGCCUCGGUUAGGGAUUCCUCGAACUUGAUCCCCGUGGGGGUGGGGCUUUUAGAUUUCCGCUUUCUUGGCUUUUAAUUGUAUUUUCUUGAAAGCUUUUUUGUUAUCAGAGAAAAAAAAUUGCAGCUGAGAUGAGUUGUCAAAGGGAAUAGUUGUGUUCCUGUUCUGAGUUCUUUUCCCUACUCAGCUGCUCUCUGAGGAUUAUUAUUUAUUCAUUCACAUUUAUAUAUAAAUCUCUCUCUCUCUCUCUC